ACUUGUUUUCGAUACCUUUCGUGCCAGCCUGCAUUUGAAAAACUUGACACUUCGAUGUGUUUUGCAUUAGAUGGUCAUUCAGCUCUUGGAUCUAAUUGGAUGUUUUUGAAUGAUAAUCUCAUCAAGGGUUCCUCUCCAGAUCACGUGGCUGCCCUCCAUCCCUUUCAUUAAUCGCAUUCUCAUCUUCCAGCUCAUUAAAUCUCACAUCUCUACCUCUUUCAGGCGGGUACCCCCAGUGAGCUUUUUGGACGAGAAUAGAGUUCCUUCAUGAGGCACCAUGUAUAAAAACGAUGCCUUUCAGGAUUACCCAUAUCGGGACUCAUAUAGGGACUCGGUGUUUACCCACAAUGACUACAACGCUACCCGAGCAAAGGCUUAUCGAAGCCCCUUGAGCCCUUUGAGCAAUCUGGACAGGGACAAUUCCUACUACUUCAAAGAUCAUACUUUGAAUAGUAACAACAGUACAGCCAUCAGUACGUCAAGCCGUAAGGACCUCAGCUCGGGGAGUCUAUCGCAUCCUAAUCGUGUCGUUAUCAGUUCAACUCUCGGUGGAAGUAUCCCAAGAACGCCAACCUCGCCACUCGCGGUGACCUCGCCCAUCUCACCCUUGACCCCAACACACAAAAUGAAUGGAUUCGUCAAACCGGUUCCUCUGGGCCAGUCGAAACCAAGUCUAAGUAACUCUAAACCCAGCUUACUUUCGAGAGCAGGGUCGAGGAUUACGCUAUACGGAAAAGACUUUGGAGUACAAAAUUCACUGGCGACGCUAGGACUAGUUGCUCUUCUGGCUCUAGUGUUCGGAGUCCUUGGAAUACAACUUUUGUUAAAGCUUUCCCACACUGCCACAGGAUCGGUCAAUCCCUCAACACUCGGAGGCAUACUAAACAGCUCCCUCUAUGAAAGUUUUCACGAAGUGGCAAUAGCGUUGGCGAGUGUCGUUCUCAUGAUAAAUCUCAGCUGUGUGUUGGUGUGCGUCAUGCAAUGUUACUUCGCAGCAAAACUAGUGAAAGUGCCACAAGGAGAGGAAAGGGCCUUCAAAUAUCUGAAAGAAUGUGCCAGCACUCGAUUUCUUGCAAUAACCGGAUUCUUCCUCUCGAUACCAGUCUAUAUCUCAGCUGUGAUUCUUCACUCACUUAUGGAACUAAAGAUUACGCCAGCAAUAAUAUCGUCAGCCAUCAUGGCCAUUGGACUACUGUUCUGUUCGGUUGCCGUCGUGCAGGCACUGUUCUAUUGGUUUAAAAAUAAACGGAAGGCGAAUGAAAAUGUUCCAGUUUUCGAGUCGAAAGAGAAGGAGAAAUCUGGAAAGUCGACACCUGCAAAUGGUGCAUCUGUCAUCAGUCAGAGUGAGCUCUCAACGCUCGUGUGACUAUCAUAGUAAAUUUCAUGUUGGACAUUGGAUUUAUCGCCGACAUUACAAGUGAUGGUGCCAUUUUCAAGACAGGAUUCGGAACUAUUAUGCUCAGCAUAAAAACUUUAUGGAAGGGAUAUUGAAAACAUCUUUCGCCAUCUUGUAAUUUGUGCCUGGUACUUUUUUCAACGGCGGACACUUUCAUUUUUGCAAACCUUAUUUGUGUGCAAAAUCUACUGCGUGGUUUAAAGUUAUCGCAUUUUAAGUAGAUAAUUGUGAAACAAAUUCAAGGUCGGUUCUGCUAUCCUUUCGAUUUUGAAAACUUAUCAUGGCAAACAAAAAACUGUUAGGUUGUAAGGCGUGCAUCUAGAGGGACAGCUAGGUUGCUUCACUCUAAUCUAAUCUACAAAGUUUGUUGGAAAAAUAAAACCGCCCGAGUUUUAGAAGACCAACAAAUUGUAAAACACUUUUUAAUUGCUCACCUAAUCAAUAAUCAGAAUAUGUAUCUGUAAAUAGCAUAAGGUAUUCAUGGUGCUAAAGUUAUAAUAUUGAUUAUCGAGUUUGUAUUGUUUGUUCCCUGAAUCAUCUACAGGAGGGAUUUCAUCAUGGAAUCUGCAUGCAAGCUAGUGUGCUGAAGGCUGAAUUGGAUGCAAGCCAAUUCGUUCAGAGGAAUCUUGCUUAUUGACUGCGAUAUUAAAUAAUCAAUUCUAAAACUCGAGAAGCGGUAAAGAGUGUAUUCAGCUCCUCUUCUUGGUUAGUUUCGCUAUCUGUACUGAAUUCAUCAAGACUAAUUUUACCAGUGAAAAACUGGGUUUGGUAGAUGGUGAAAAAACAAAGUUUUUGAGGGAUAUUUUCUUCGAUAUUUACGUAAGUGGAACAUAGCAAGUUUUUUUAAACUGUAUAAAAUGUCAGCAGAUACUCCGACAAAAGUUGAUGUGGUAAAAUUUUAAUUGUUUGGAUUGGAUACUUCCUGACUCUCAAGCAUUUGUGUCAACACUAUAGAGCCCCACAAGUGAUUUAGCGAUCUCAAAGCAUUGCGGGUCAAGUUGGAUUGGAUAAAGACUUCAAGUCAUUGUCCUGUAAACUUUUUAUGAACUUUUCUACAGAGGCGGGUAUUUUUUAGUGACUGUAUAUGAUAAUGAAAUGCAUGAACCUGUUUUAAUUCCUGUUGGGUUGGGGGGAUGUUUGUUGAUUAUUAUAAAAUACCUCAUUUUGUUCGUAAUUGGAUAAUUUAAAAAAUUUCCCAAUCAUGCCUUGUAAAUAAUCAUAAUUAUAUUUUCUAUGCAACCUUUAAAUACCGUGCAUACC